AGAGGCUACUUUAGUCCCCCAACAUAAGCACAUUCACAGAUGUCUCUGCACGCGUAGAGCUGUCUCACCCGUCACGACAGAGCAGCCUGCUUCUGUGUGAACCAACGAGCCGCGGACAGAGAGAAAAACAGAGAGGGGGCAGAGAGAUACAAAGAGAGGUAGAGAGGGGAGGGAGGGAUAGCAAGAGAAAGAGGAGGUGAAGAGAGCCACGGAGCAAAACACAUACAUCGCUUGCCACUCUGACGUCUCCCCUCAUGCGUCUGUUUCAGCGUGUGUGAGCGCAAGAAGAGCAGAGAGGGACGGGAGGAAAAUAAAUCCUGGGAGCUUGUGUCCUCUCUUUGCUUUAUAUCCCCCUCUUCCUUUUUUUCUUUUUUUCUUUUUUUUUAUCUCCAUCAUCCAAGGCAUGUCAGCUGGCACGGCAGAAUAAAAGAAGGGGAUGCUUUGAAUGCUGCCUCUCUUUCGACAAGGGACAAGGAAGAGGAAGGGGGGACAACACACAGCAGGGACAAAAACAGGAUUUCUAGAAUGAAUGGGAGUCCUUCUGCCGCAUGCGCUGGGAAUAGCAGUCUCACACUGAAGUCUCUGAAUGAGGGACCGGCCCUGAGGACGUGAGACUGUAUGGGAGAGUUUGGAUUGUCACCAGUGACACCGCUUCCUCUGCGUUUGACCACCUUCAGCCGCACACGUCUCUGCUCUCCAGACGGCACCAAUUAAGGCAGGCUUGAGACGAAGGAGUUGUGACAGCAUCCGACGACACCGACACGCAAAGAGGAAAGGAGUACACUGGAGGAGCGGCCUGCGCUUGCUGCAGACGAGCAGAGAGCUGCUUGUCUGGCCUUGGAGUUGCCUGUCUGCGUGAGUAGACACGGCAGAGGAAGAGGCAAAGGAAAUGGUCGGCUGACGUGACAUGGAAGAUGUCACCGCUACGUAGCUCGUCCAGUAUGCAGUGUGGACUUCCCAGCUGCGCAUCACCAGUGAUGCCAUGAUCCAGUUAUAACUGUGGGUAAUGCCGAGCCAAAUAACCAAUCCUGGAGAUGCCGAAGAGAAGAGAUAUUCUUGCCAUCGUGUUGAUCGUGUUACCCUGGACUCUGCUCAUCACUGUUUGGCACCAAAGCGCUAUAGCUCCACUCCUCGCCAUCCGCAAGGCCUGUCACCACCUAGUAAAAGAGAUCUUUAUCAUUCCAGAGAGGCUUGCAGUCCGCCAUCACCGGCUCUCAGAUGAUGGUGUCGAGGGCAAGAGGGAGACAGGUGGCCAGGCGCAGGACUCCAAGGAAUACUGUGCCUCAGAUAAGGACAUUGUGGAGGUGGUGAGGACAGAGUACGUGUAUACAAGGCCUCCACCCUGGUCCGAUGUGCUGCCUACCAUCCACAUCAUCACCCCCACAUAUAGUCGACCAGUGCAGAAAGCGGAGCUGACACGGCUGGCAAACACCUUCCUCCAUGUUCCCAACCUGCACUGGAUCCUAGUGGAGGACUCCCAAAGGAGAACGCCUCUUGUUACGCGGCUCCUUCGAGAAACUGGGCUUAACUAUACCCACCUCAAUGUAGAGACGCCCAGGAACUAUAAGCUGCGGGGUGACACUCGGGAUCCCAGAAUCCCCAGGGGGACCAUGCAGAGGAAUCUGGCCCUGCGGUGGCUGAGGGAGACCUUCAACGCCAACAGCAGUCAAGCUGGAAUCGUCUACUUUGCUGAUGAUGACAACACAUACAGCCUGGAGCUGUUUGAGGAGAUGAGAUCGACUAGGAAAGUUUCAGUGUGGCCUGUGGCCUUUGUGGGCGGCUUGCGGUACGAGUCCCCCAAGGUCAAUGCAGCUGGAAAGGUCUACGGUUGGAAGACGGUGUUCGACCCCCAUCGGCCCUUUGCCAUCGACAUGGCUGGCUUUGCCAUCAACCUGAGACUCAUCCUCUUCAAGCCACAGGCGUAUUUUAAGCUUCGUGGGGUGAAGGGAGGCUACCAGGAGAGUAGUUUGCUCCGGGAACUUGUCACACUCAAUGACCUGGAGCCCAAAGCAGCCAAUUGCACUAAGAUACUUGUUUGGCACACGAGAACGGAGAAGCCUGUCCUUGUGAACGAGGGGAAAAAAGGAUUCACAGACCCCAAUGUGGAGAUUUGACUGUUUUCCCUCAGGUCCCCGGUGGUUAGCCUUGGACCUGCGGAAGCGGAAAUCGCCCAAGUCUCUUGAUAAGUGCAACCAGUGCUCUUGUCUUAAUCGUCAGAAAAAAAAAGGAAGCAGGGGCCUUUGAAGGAGGAUUUAAUCCUCUCGACUGAAUCUGACAUUUUUCAGAUAUGGACUACAACAGUACAAAUGUAUCAUAUUAAAGCACAGAUUAGUAAAAGUUGGCAUUUUUUUGUCAGGACUGAAGUGCAGAGGAGACGACAUAAAGGACGGUGCGGACAGUCAGGACACUGCACCUUAGGCUGAGGACAAUGUAACAAAAGAGACAGCACAACACGAAAGGCAUACAGCCAGCGAAUUCAACCAAACAUGCAGGUUAAAGAAUAUCCUUCACCUCAAAAAAAGGAAAAAAAACAUGGAGGAAAUGAAACACAUUUUGUCUGGACAUGUCUGCACAUGGUACAGGAGAGAAAUUCCUCUUGCUUUUAAGGACAUGGCCUACAUCAUCAGCCUGGAUAAAAACUCGACUCCAAGGACAAAUAUGUCUCAUGUGGAUUUUCCUUUGAGCAAACACAAACAUAGCAAGGGAAGGAAUGUUCUUUUGAUAACUAUGAAAUGUUUGCUUUAAUUUAAUUUAAUUGGUUUGGGUGUUUUGCAAGCUCUUGACUUACUUGCUAGUUCAAUACUACUGACUCUUACCUACAUUUACUCUUGAGUUAUCAUUGUUCAUUUUAUAGCAUCAUUAUAAGUCAUGUAUUUAAGCCACCUGUAAACUUGGAGAGAGACUGCUGUUUGAGAUGUUCCCCUUAUCGUGCUCGAGAGCUGAAACGUACAUGUACAACAACAAAAUCCUAACACUCUUCUUAGCACUUAAAAAAAAUACACAAACGAUGUUCCUUUGUGGCAACAUGUGUAAAUAGUAAUCCAACAUGAGAACAAUCAGAGGAUUAAUGACAAAUUUUGACAAAAGCAUUGUAAUUACUGUAUUUAUAUGUGGAAAAAAAAGUCUCUUCUCUCCCCGCUCCCAGUGAAUUCCUCAGUGACACACGACAAGGCACAGGUUCAUGCUAGGUUCAACACGUGGGAAGAGUAAUAGCACACCACCACUUUCAAUUGGUAAUAGAAACUCCAGUUUGUGACACAUUCAUAAGGCAUAGCCAAGAACAUCAAGUCAGCUACACGAAAGGCUCACGAACGCUGACCUAAUCCUCAUGUUAGCUUUCGCAUUCAGUGUCAUUUCUGAGGUUGUGGGGAAACAGUGUGUCAUCUUAGUGAGUUAAUUAUUUCUAUGCACGCUCAUAUACAUGUAUGUACACGAGCCACAGGUUAACAAGGGUCCGCUGUUAGUAAAAAAAAAAAAAUAUAUGAGUCGAGAAUAUGGUUUCACUAGGCUUGACAGUCCCUCUCCUCUCUGAAAAAUACACUUUAGAUAAAAAAAAUUAGAUGCUCAGGCUACAUCUGCUGACUUUUAGUACAACUCACCUCCCAACAGCUGGUGUAAAUUAUGAAUAAUAGAUUAAAAUAAUUUAUGCAUGGCCCCAAAAUAUUUUUAUUUAUUUAUUUAUUGUUUUUAACAAAAACUUCCACUUAUGAAAUAAAACAGUACAUGCUACUCGGAAGUGACAGCAGACUAGAGAAAAGCACAACAAUAGUGAAAGUCUUAUUUUCGCUGAUGACUUGGAAGCAAUGUCGCCAUCUUCAGUAUUGUGGACUGAUGUCGGUAUCUCCUGGUUUCUUUUUGUAUUAGCAUCCAUCUGUUGUACAUUAACUGGAUCAGAGAAGGGAGUCACUGAAGCUCUAACGAUAGACAUCAGCUGUGACGCUGUACGCCUGAACACUGUAACAAAGUUAUUCUACACCUCAUAUAAUAGAAUCUCUCCUCUACUUGAUAAAUCAUCCGUCUAGUGCAAUACACAGUGGUGGCUCUUAUCUAACAUUGCCCGGCGGAAGUAGCUGGAGAUAAUUCAAACACUGAGCCUCUGUACUGGUGCCAGAUUAUCUCAGUGUACCCCUACCUCCCCACCUCCCCACCCCUCCAAAACACACAACACAAACUACACUGCUGCAGUAUGAAAACUUACAAAGACGUUACGGCCUCUUGGGCUCAUCAGCCGGAGAAACCGUGUUAUUACAUAUUUCACUUGGAAUACGAUAAGAAACACAUUCAGACAAUGGCUGUGUUGUAUCUCGCAUCAAACUGGGUGUUUUCGUUGACUGCAUGAUAUUAAACUGCACAGGGUUCGGCCAUGGAGAUCACAGACUGUCUUUGGAUUUGUUCUAUUCUUCAACUUGCCUCCCAUUAUUUAUUAAAGAUCAAAUUUAAUAUAUUUAUGUAUUUAUUUCAAGUGUGGAUGUGCAAUUAAAUCAUAGCAGUGUUCGCCCUUAAAUCUGUAUUUUCCAGCUGCUCUCUAAAACAGCAUGUGCAUAUACGUUAUACUGUAGACAGGGAUUAUCAUGUAGAUCAGUCAUAGGUUAGCGAUACCAACAAGCAGACACACACACACACACCAUCUACUUUACAGCACUGCUGUGGAUUUAAGUUCUUCUUGAAUGGUUAUUAUCAGAUGUUAAUCUAAAUGAGUGAUGAAUCCACCUAAAGUAUUUUUUACACUGAAACAAAUUUAGAGUUGUAGUCUGAAAUGGAAAAACGGCAGCGUGUAAACAACUUAAAUUGAACACUUUCCUUUCAAAAAAAAGCUGCAUAACUUGUUUUCGUUUUGUGCAAACAAGUUUUCCUGGAUGUUGCAGUAUAUCAUUUACUUGUCGAGUGGACCUAAAAUCCAGCUUUUCUUCUAAUCCUAAGUGUUGCUCUGGUAAAGAUGCAGGCAAACAAACGUCAUGUGGCGUACAGAUCAAUAUGUGGUUGGAUUGGUUAAAUAAUAUUCUGUUACUCCCUAUGGUAUGUCCUGAAGCAGCAGAUCAAUCCAAAGGGCUUCACCUUGAAAGUGAUGUUAUCACAACGUUGUCUGACAUCUGAUUUGAAAUGUCUCUGUUUCCAACAGAUGACGCAUCGUGCAAUAUCUAAUACUCUAAGAAUUAGUCUACUACAUAUGCAUCAACUUUAGCAGUACAGGUUAUCCAGUAUUUAAUGUCAGUGAGCGUUACCCUCUGAGGGCUUCUCUAAGGCACAAUACACUUUACACACAAAUCCUCUCUUUUCCUCAUCCCCACUGUCAUCUUUCACAGCCUCAUGUGAUUCACAUUUUAUGCAUGUGACUCUUAAGGUUGUUUAUUUGCCACAGCAGUUCUGUCUCAGAGAAAGAUGUAUUAGUUGAAUCAAGAGAAAUAAUAAACAACUGAGAAGAA